UUUAAAUUUUAAAAGCGAGACAAACAAGUUAAUUUGUCAAUGGAAAAUAAUAAAUUAAUAUAUUAAAAAAAAAAUUGAAAAGAAAUGAAAUUUAAAGAAGUUCUAAGUUAUUCAACAAUGCAUUAAAGUGAAUUCCAGUUGUGUUGGUUUGGUUAAAACAUUUGAGUGUAAUUUAUUGCGAAAACAGUAGAUAACUUGGGAAAAAAUAGUUGGCACCAAUUGUCAAUCGCAAUAGCACAAAUAAUAACAAUACCGGCUUUGAAAUAAAAAAAGUUAUCAAUCAAUAAAUCAAACAAAAAGAUACAAAAAAAUGCAGCAAUUCAAAUUGACCGAAAUGAAAACGAAUCUGCUGUACGCGCCCGAGUCAUACGCGCUGGCGCACGCCGUCUCAGCCGAUUUGAAUACGAUGAAAGGCAGUCUCGCCUGGCAGUUCGCUGUCAUUUACGGCAAUUUCGAUGAGCUCAGCAAGCAGCCAAUAACGGUGGGCAAUGUCGCAGUCAUGGAGAACCAGUCGCGUUUCAUUUACUUUCUAGUGACAAAGGAAAAUGUCUAUGAGACAACAACAUACAAUACAUUGCAUGCAGCGUUGAUUUGUAUGCGUGAACAUAUGCGCAUUCAUGAGAUUACAAAAAUUGCAAUGCCGCGCAUUUGCUGUGGCACUGAUGGCUUGGAUUGGCAGCGGGUGAAGCAGUUAAUACGCACAGUAUUUGCCCGAGAUAACAAUGUCGAGAUUUUGGUGUGCAACUACAAUCAGCCGGUGAAAAUUCCGCCGAAAUGCCAGAUUACCGAAGUGAAGGGCAACAUUUUCAGCGCACCGCAGGACUUCUCAAUGGUGCAGUCGACCAGUGCGGAUUUCGCCAUGUCCAGCGGUUUGGGCUUGCAAUUCAAAUGCAAAUUCGGACAAGUGCAUGAGUUGCAGAAGCAAAACAAACAUAUUGGCAACGUGGCGGUGUUGAAGGACAACAAUCGUUUUAUUUACAAUUUAAUCACAAAGGAACGCAGUCACGAAAAGUGCACAUAUCCGGCGCUCUAUUACGCGCUUAUGUCGAUGCGCGAGCAUAUGGAACAAAACAAUGUGACGAAAAUCGCAAUACCCAGAUUUGGCGGGGAAAUCGAUCGUCUAAGCUGGUUGCGUGUUAAGAACAUUGUGGAAUUUGUAUUUGCAAACUAUGAAGUCGAUAUCAUUGCAUACGUUUUCGAUCCACCCGAAGUGGUGCGAAGACGUUCACGUGAUUCACGUUCACGUUCGCGAACAAUGGAAUCUAUGGUCAGCCGCAUGUCACUCUCGCGCGACUUGCCGUAAAUAGGAGCGCACAAAUCGCAAAAGAAAGCAAAACUUGAAGUUUGAGUAUAAAGUUAAAUGUUUUGUUUAAUCUACGUUGACGUUUUCUAUGAACGCAUCCACAUAAUUUAUUAAUUUUUUAAACUAUACUCGUAUAUUUAUAACGCUGGAUUAAAAUUUGCACAAUGACUGAUGUAAAAAAACUUACACGAAGAUUUUAUUGCGCAAAGCUCAACUCGGAUUUGUGAAAUGGAAAACAAUUUUUGACAAACAAUUUAAGAAAAAGCGAAUAUUAUAUUUUUUUUUAAAUAUGUAUUUGGUGUGAAUAUGCCUUUAUUAUUGUAUAACAUAACUCUCGGCUCAAUAAUUUUAAGUGAUCGGACCAAUAUCAUAUUUAAAAUUUUCGAAUUUUCAAAAUAUAAGACUAAUAUUUAUUAUAUAUUAUUUAAAAACUUUUACAGAACGAUAAAAUGGUGUAUUUGAAGUUGAAGGUUUAAGUAAAACGAUUUAUAUGUAUGUAUGUAUGCAUUUGUAUGUAUGUAGAUAGAGACGAAUGUAAAUCAAAAUUUCAUUGUUAAUUCAAGAAUAAUGAUCCAUGGUGAAAAGAUUUGUAGAGGUAUACUACCUAGCAGACCGUUAUUCGGCUCUGAGCGAAUUUGACAGAUAUGCCGACGUCAUUUGUUUUGUGUUUCACUAAGCUAAAGCUAAAUUUUAUGAAACACAAAACGAAUGACUUAUCCUGAAAACAGUGACCGACGUACGCAGUCCCUUACCGCAGCCCGUAACGAGCACAAAACUGAGCAAAACUCAUCCCGUAGAGAACAACUGCGUUCUUUUAUUUACAUAUUUACACAAUACAUCGGUUUGUGUGUGUAUGUGUUUGGUUGUAUCUACACAAUGUUGCCAUUGAUAUUUUUGCUUACACACUUUUUCACACAUCCGCGUUAUCAGUUACAAAUUUCAUUGUUUAAUAAACCAAAGCCAAAAACCAACAAAUGAAAAUAGUUCAUUUAUCUAUAAUUAGCAUUAAUCAACAGAGAUUUUAAUAAAAAUUAUAAUUUUUCUAAGUUUAUUUUGUAAAUGAUUUCGAAAUGUACUGCUUGGCAACACUGUGUGAUGAGAGAGCAAUCUGAUGACAGGGUUUUACGGGAAUAUUCAAAUAUCGUGAAAUAAAAUCUACGAUACGGAAUGAAGGAUUUUUUCAUUUAUAUGGGUUUGAUCGUAACAGCUGACAGGAGGACUGCGUUUACGUCGGCGUGAACGGCUUUUGUUGUUGUUGUAACAGCAUAAGCAUUCCCCAUGCAUAUAUGGGAGGAAUUCUGUUGAAGUGACAGUCCGAAGUGAAGGCAGUCGGCCGCACAUAAAUCCGGGGCAUUCCGGUUACGUAAAACCGACUGUCGUGGGAACGAUCGACUUUUGUCUUUGUCUUCCAUUCUUCUGUUCAAGUUUUCAAUUUCAAUUUGUUUGUUGUAUUUUUGCUCACAGAUAGUGAUUAUAAGAAAUAAAUAAGAAUAAGGAAAGUCCCUGAACUCUUUUUAUUUUUUAAAUUUAUUUCGCUGAUAUAAUAUUUUUUUGUAGCAAACUAAAAUAUUAUUAAUAUUUUUUCGCUGAAGAAUAAUACUUAGUCUUAUCCCGAAUUCCAUGCGACUAAAUCGUUUUCAUGUUGUUGUUGUUGAAGUGGUUGAUUAUUUCUACUGAAAUAAACAAGCAGCACUGUUUUACUACCACUGUCCUCGUGUGAUGAUGUCUUGUUUUUUGUUUUUGUUUUUUUUUUUUUUUGUUUUUGCUUCUAAGUCUGAUCCAUUUUGUGAUAUCCAAGUAUAGCAGCAAAUCUUUGUCUCGAUGUCUGAGAUCUCAGAAAAUUAAAAAUCGUUUUCAUAACUUGCAAUAUGACACAAAUAUGAAAAUUUCCUAAUAUAUCGUCCCCUUAGUAUUAAAAUAGCCUAUACAUUUUUUGAUGUUUUGAGAGUAGCUCUCACUCAAAUCUCGUUAUGUCUGUAAAUAUUUAUUAUUUUUGACUGACGUUUUGACCCACUUUGUGUAACUAGAAUUUGACAAAAUUUUGACCACAUAUAAAAUCGACGAUGGAGAAUCCAAAAAUUCAAUAAAAAAAUAAUAGCCUAUGAGCACAUAGGCUAUUGUUAUACUAAGGGGACGAUAUGUAUGUGUUUUUUAGCAGAAGUUGCUUUUCUAUAUAUUAUAUCAACGAAGCUGAAGUUUGAGUUUUUCUGUUAAACUAAAUUCAGCUGCGUGUUCAUCAGAAUUAAAUUAAAUUAGUAGCCAUACUAAAUUUCAUAUUAACUAUUCACUAGCUUAUUUAAUUAAAGCCAGUCUGAUUGGGGAAAAUAUACGCGAAGUUAUGAGUAACUUUGCCCAGGCAUGCAACCUCGAAAAAUUUAAUGUUGAAUGGUGGCUAAUAAUGCUUGGAAAAACAUAAAUUCAUUUAUUUUAUGAACGGUUUGAGUCGUGUCAAAAAAGACCAGAUUCUGACCAUCCUCAUAGCAUCCGCGAUUUCAAUUUUCAUACGUUUGGCAUGUGGCAUAAUUCUCGAAUAAAUUCAACAGCUCUUCCGCUGGAAAUUUCAUGGUAAUCACUACUACCUUCCAGUAAUACACAGCUGAAAAAUUCUUCAAAAUUUUUUUCUUCGUUGCAACCAGCUGUGAUUAACCGAUAAAUAUGCACAUCUCUUUGGAGGCCUUAACGCUUUAUAGACACGAGACAUCGCUUGAGCGUCAGUAGCGGAACUCCAGUCGUAAUCAAAAGUGUUCAUUUUGAUGUGCCAAUCAAAUGAAGUCCAACACAUCCAGCAUUAGCACUGAGUUAUAAUAGCAACGAAUCAUCAGCACCGCCCAAGGCGAAUUGUGUACCUAUUCAAUCAUUAGAUCUUCUCAUGUAAAAAUUAUCCAGUAACUUGCCAGUAACUUAAUUUCUGAGAAUUCGCUCUCGAAAGAGAAAAAUAUCAAAAAGAGUACAUGAACGCAAAACCAGUAACAAUUUGCAAGUUUUACGAACAGCUGCUUAAAUUGUUGGCAAGAAAAAUCACAAACAUUUUUUACUUGAGCUGCCUCGUAUUAAAUUAAAACAAAAUUAACGAAAUAAAAUGCAAAAUAACGUGCUUCGGAAUCACAUAAUUUCAUUUUGUCCACAAUACCUUGUUCCAUUUCAUCAUUGUUGUCAGUUGAAGAACAUUCCAUUAGCAAUUGCAAUUCACAAAAUUUAGUUCUUAUUUAAUUUUACUUUGCGAUCAGCUCUUUUUCUCACUUGCAAAUUCCUACAAGUAAAAAUUUGUACAGUAAAAACUUGCAGCUUCCCCUCAAAAUGGAAUGUCAUUUUGCUCUCUCAUUUUCCCCUACUUUGCAAGUGCUUUUGGGUACCAAAACGUGAUAACAAUUCAAGGCGAAUUGAAUUUCUCUAUCAUUCUUGGUAACAAUUGUUAAAAAUGACUUAAUAGCAACGAAUCGUCAGCAUCGCCAAUGAAUUUGAAGUUUGCAUUAUUUUCACCAAUACUUUUAGAUCCAUCUAAACGUAAGCAUUUGAUGUCCAAAAAAUCACAUACACCUUGCAUCUUAAGUGUUGCUAUGUGAUUUGAAAUUAAACACAUUUUUUCGAUUUUGCACAGCUGAAGCGACAAGAAAAUUCUGCACCACUUCUAAUUUCGUCGAGUCAAGAGGGCCAAUUUCUGAAUAAUCUGGCAAGCAACGUUCCAAAGUAUGAUACGUGACAAUAAAUUUGACCAAGGAGGCAUGACUAAAAUUUCUUUACUACACUAAUUAAUUGCGGUGGCGUUAAAGCUUUCAAAAUAGUUUUCGUUGGGCAUAUAUUUAGUUGAAGCUCUUUUUGCAACAUGAAUUGCUGAAGUUCCGAGGGUUAAACAAGUCAUACCUAUACAUAUAUUCAUUCUUCUUGGACAAAUAUUCUCCAUUCACCUGUUCGUAAGCGGCGAGUCACAAAUCAAUCUGAGAUUCCCAUAAUCUCCUGUAUGAGUUGCGCUGCUAAGUGCGUUUUUUUUUUUUUUUGUUUUUUUUUUUUUGUUUUUUUUUUUUGUACUACAUUAUAAUCUAUGAGAACAUUUUGUUGAGAUAAAGUUCGCUAUAAGACUGAUUAUGUUUUGAAGUAAAUAUAUUCCUUUUCCAAAAGUGAAAAGCUACCAAGUCCCCGUUUUCUAAAAAAAUGUAUUCAAAUGCAAGAAUCAAGACGCAAGAAAAAUUAAAAAAAAAAAAAACAUUUCCCAAGGCGAAUCUAUUAAAGGUGGUAUCGGAAAUCAGCUGGUUUGUUUUUUUCUUUCGCCGUGUUCAUGUGGCUGUCAGCCCAGACUUCAAACAAGGCGAGUUCAUUUUUUCUUUUCUACUUUGCCAAUACUUUUCUUUGACAAGCAAACGUACAGAACAUUGCUGUUGGACUAGUGCCACCACCUUUAAUGAAUGCGCCUUGUUUCAAUGCAAGAAUCAAGACGCAAGAAAAAUUAAAAAAAAAAUAAUCAUUUCCUAAAAUAACAAA